AUGAAAAAGCGCUCCACUUAUCUUUACGAAGAUGACUCAAAUCCAUGUUCAUGGAGAGGAGUCACUUGCAGCAACAACAAUCGAUCCAUCAUCCGUCUCUCUUUUCCCUCUUCGAAACUCUAUAAUUCUGAUUUUCUAACUGAUUUGUGCCAAAUUGAUACUUUAGAGUACCUUGAUUUCUCCAGAAUUUUUUUGACAACCAUCCCUAGUGAUUUCAUCAAAGACUCUGGACGGAUUAAUGAGCUCAAUUACUUGAAUUUCAGUCAGAACAGAUUGUCUGGUCCUUUGCCUAAUUUUAGUGGUUUUGGUGGGUUACAGUACUUGGACUUGUCCUAUAAUUCAUUAACUGAAAGUAUUGAUUCUCAACUAAAUGGGUCAGUUGGAAUCAGAAGCUUGAAUCUGAGCUUCAACCAGUUCACUGGUUUAAUCCCUUCCCAACGUGGUAAAGCCAUGGUUUUGGAAGAGUUGCAGCUCAAGAACAACUUUUUUCAAGAUCAAAUCCCUGAAGAGCUCAUGAAUUACACAUCGCUAGUUCUGAUUGAUCUCAGUGGUAAUAAACUUUCUGGGCCUGUUUCUGAUAGGAUAGGACAACUCUGCAAGUUGAAGAUCCUUAUUCUGUCAACCAAUAAUCUCAGUGGAGGAAUUCCUGACAGUCUUUCAAGUAUUAAGACACUCUCUCAGUUUGCUGCUUAUCAGAAUAGCUUUUCUGGCGUAAUUCCUUCUGGGAUUUCAAGAUAUCUGGGGAUUUUGGACCUUAGUUACAACAACUUAAAUGGUUCGAUCCCAUCCGACCUUCUGUCAUCAUCAACUUUGCAGUCUGUUGAUCUGUCUUAUAAUUCAUUGGAAGGGCCGAUCCCCUCGAAGUUUUCGCAAAGCUUGAUUCGGUUGAUCCUUGGGGCAAUUCUCUUAAUGAGUUUAGCUCUGUUGAAUCUUGCUCAGAAUGAGUUCUAUGGUCCAUUGCCAGAAGAGUUAGGAAAUCUUCAUCAACUUCAGGUUAUGCAGCUCCAAUCCAACAGGCUUACAGGAGAGAUUCCUCCACAAUUUUCACAACUACAGAAGUUGUCUAUUCUGAAUAUCAGCAGGAAUUCAUUGACUGGUUCGAUACCUUCUGAAAUUUCCAGCUUAGGGAACCUCAUAAGGCUGGACUUACGUGCUAACAGUUUUGGUGGUUCAAUACCCAAUUCAAUUGGGUACUUGAAGUCACUGAUAGAACUCCAGCUGGGAAACAACAAUUUGAGUGGGAAGAUUCCUAGCAUGCCUAGUAACUUGCAGAUUGCUCUCAACCUCGGCAGGAACCACUUGAAUUUCCAUAUAUAUUGCACUCGAUGA